CUGGGGCUACGAGGAGCCGCCCGCCAUGGCGGGCGUGGCGCCGCCUGAGGUGCCGGCCAUGGCCGGGGUGGCGCCCGUGGCGGUGAUGGGCCAAGCACAGCAGGCGCCGGACAUGACUCCAGCGCCGCACGAGCAGGUGCCAUCGCAGCCGCCCCAGCUUGACCAGCAGGUCCCGGCAUCCGAAACUCCAGCAGAAGCCCCGGCAGCUGCACCCCCCGCAGCUGAGCCGGCUCCCGCCGCGGCUCCCGCCGCGCCGGCCGCGGAGCCAGCUGCGCCUGCGGAGGCUCCUGCAGUUCCAGCUCCCACAGGAGCUCAGGGGUUCCCGGACAAGGAGAAUUUCAUUCCCUGAAGACAUUGGAAUAUUGACAUGGGUCCAAGUCAAGCCCCGCUGAGCGCCCCAACCCACAGUGACGUCACAUCAUGGGGUCACCUUCAACCUCCGUCCCGCAUACAGUAAGCCUGUGGCGCAGGGGUGAGCGAAGAGGAUUCAACAAGCCAGCCACGAAGCCUAGAUCACAGUGAGGCAAACCUGAACCAUCA